AUAUCUGUCAGGCGUGGGCCUAAUGGCACCGCUAGGGCACCAUUUCCACUUCCAUAAAUGCUGUCCUCCGCGCAUGCGCAACCCCUUUUCUGCUCCGGUGUCACAACAGAGCGACAAGAUGUUGAUGCCCAAGAAGAACCGCAUCGCCAUUUACGAGCUCCUGUUCAAGGAGGGAGUCAUGGUGGCCAAGAAGGAUGUCCAUCUGGCCAAGCACCCUGAGCUGGCCGACAAAAAUGUCCCCAACCUGCACGUCAUGAAGGCUAUGCAGUCUCUGAAGUCGUGCGGGUAUGUGAAGGAGCAGUUUGCCUGGAGGCACUUCUACUGGUACCUGACUAAUGAGGGCAUCCAGUACCUGAGGGACUUCCUUCACCUGCCCCCAGAGAUUGUGCCCGCCACCCUCCGCAGGCAGACUCGCCCCGAGACCGCCAGGCCAAGGCCCAAGGGUCUGGAAGGCGAGAGGCCCGCUCGUCUGGCACGCGGCGAAGCAGACAGAGACGCUUACAGACGUUCUGGAGCACCUCCUGGUGCUGACAAGAAGGCUGAGGCCGGAGCUGGUUCAGCUACAGAAUUCCAGUUUAGAGGCGGAUUUGGCCGUGGAAGAGGACAGCAACCUCAGUAAAGCAGCAGUGGAUUUAUGUAAAAUAAAAACUUCGAAACAAAAAAGGAAA